CUUCUUCUCUAGAUGCUUACCAACGCUCCGAAAAUCGGCAUCAUUGUUAUAUCAAACUAACAAAUACCAACACCGACGUUGUUUGAAACACCAGCUAAACGGCGCAUAAUUUUUCAAAUGGCCGCAAUAUUCUCGGGCGCCGUCUAUGGCGCCUCUACGAUAGCCGCUGGCGUCUAUUUGCCCUCAACAAUCAUCAAUCAGUUCAAGUUCCAGGAUUGGCAUAUGCUGCAAACCUCUCUCGGUGCGGUUGCAAGCAGCGCUAUCAUAUAUAAAGCCGCUGAAAGAUACGGCUACGUUAAGAUUAAGCCCAGAAGCUCAUCACCGAUUGGACUCUUUGGACAGUAUGACGGUAAUGUCAUAGGCGGAUUCCUCCUUGGAGCUGGCAUGGCUCUUUCAGGAUCUUGUCCAGGUACUCUGUUCGCACAAGUCGGAGCUGGUCUGAGGACUGGUUUUUAUACUCUCGGAGGUGCUAUUAUUGGAGGUCUCGCCUAUACAGGUUAUGUCGCGCAAGCAGCCAAGACUCAGAGGGAGAAGGCGGGUGCACAGCCCGAGACAGUAACUCUUGAUGAGAACCUUGGGCUUUCCAACGAUACAACUGUUGCUCUCUUCGAAUCUGUUUGUCUAUCUCUCAUUGGCGCUUCUGUUACCUACACUACUGGCUCCGAUUGGUCACUUUACUCAGCUGGUGGUGGUCUCUUCAUCGGUCUCUCGCAACUCUUCUCAAUUCUUGUCCGUCGCUCUAUGAUCGGCAUAUCAGGCUCGUACGAAGAAGUGGGAAACCAUUUCUGGUGGCUCACAAGAGAUGCCCCUUGGCCAACAAGUCGACAGAACACCCUAUUCGCUGUGGGCAUGACAAGUGGUGCCUGGGUUCUUGCAAAGGUGCUCCCUUCAUUCGUCAAGGGCCAUGUCGUCGAGACAGAGCCAUUGCUUGCUGGAGUUGGUGGAUUUUUGAUGAUUGUAGGAUCAAGGUUAGCAGGGGGAUGCCCCUCUGGACAUGGCGUUAGUGGUUUAUCGUUGAUGUCGACAUCAAGUCUUGUCACCAUGAGCACUGCGUUUGUUGCUGGAAGCUUGGUUGCUCCAUUGUUUCACUAGACUGGGUUGGAUAUAAAAGAUUCAUGGCUACUAUGUGAAAUAUGACCUUGAAUAUCUAUUUUUGACUGCGGAGAUUCAGAAGCACCGGAGUAGACCAUCUAAUCCUUCUUAUCCCCACAGCCAAUUCUCGCGGUAACUUCAAUCUCAAUCUUCAUCUCCUCCUUCAUCAAUGAGGACUGGAUCAUGGUUGCAGCAGGACGAACAUCGCCAAACCACUUCUUCAACACUGGCCAGGUCUUGGGAAAGUCAUCGCGAUC